UUACACACCAUGUUUUAAAAUGAUUUUAUUUAGCAAUGCGAUUUAGUCUAAUAUAAACAGCCAUGUUCUUUUUCAGAGUUGGAACCAUGUCGGAAUUAAUAGAGCAAGGACAAGAAUUGGGUUUUGGGCCUAUGGCAAAAAGGCUGGGCCGGUUGGAGGAGCAGGUUUGUCAGUCAGCCAAAGCCCUACAGUGGAUCAUGAACGCACUCAAGUCUCAGGGUUACCAAUCUCAGCAUGAAGCUCCUAAUAUGACUACUGUGCUUAUGAGCACAGACACCGACCCUUCAGAAUCAACUGAGCAGGAAGCAGAAAGUGAGAAAACGCAUCAUGUGUAUGCACGACAGCAUUGUUACCCUGGCAGCACAAUUAAACGCUUCCCGGUUCCUGAGGAAAAAGUGCCCUGGGAGGUGGACUUCCUUCUAUAUGUUCCUGCAAUUUACAAUGAAGAUAAUAUGCAAGAUGUGGAUGUUUCCACCUUGGACAAAUACAGGAACCCUAAAGGACGGACUGGACUAAAAGGAAAAGGGGCUCUUAAAAGUCUUGGUCCAAAUGAGAUUAUAGAGCUAGUCAUAACAAGAAAUUAUGGCUCACAUCUGAAGUUUUUGGCUCUGUGGGAUGAAGCAGCAGGGUGCUGGACAUUACCUGGGGGCCCUGUCCAACAUGGUGAAUUCUUACCUGAGAGUCUCGAAGCAGCAUUUGAAAAAGAUCUAUUUCAGAAAAUAAAAGCCAAAAUAAAGUCAGGACAUCACAAUGAGGUCUAUAAAGGUUAUGUAGAUGACUGCCGGAACACUGACAAUGCCUGGGUGGAAAGCACUGUAAUAUCAGUACACCUGGAGGAUGAGUGGCAUUUGAUGAUGCAGGGUGGUGUUGGUGGUGAGUCUUUCAGCAACACAGGGAAGUUUCAGUGGUGCAAGGUGAGCAGCAAAACAGAUGUGCACCCAUACCAACGAGAAGCUCUUUUCAACAUCGCCAACAUAUACAAAAUUAAGCUAUAAGGAACCUUCUGACUCUCAGGAAGAUGGACAAAUGUGUACAGGGCUUUCACACAUUCGGUACACACUUGUAGCAAAUGCAAUCUUUUUUACUGUACGUGUGAAAAAAAUACUUCAAAUCUAAGUUCCUUCAGGAAUGUUUUGAAUGGCGACCCGCAAGUUUGUUUAGUCUCCGCCUCGCACUUUGAGCUUUUUUUUAUUAAUUAUUUAUUAAACUUAAAAACAUACACAUCAAUGGCAAGGGUAUAAAAAAAAAACAAAAAAAAAAACAC